UCUGAAUCAGCUGACCGGGCAAGCAGGAAGUCAACUGAGACAGCUGGAGGAGGAGAGACGGCCGUGUUUUCUUUUAUAUGUUCCGGUUCGCUAAUGUGGUGGUGACGGAGUGGACAGUUAAUUAAGCAAAAUUCGUAAGUUGUCACGCAGGUUUGAUCCGCAGCUUUGGAGCGCAAUGUGCUCCUCGUCUGUAGGGGGCAGCAGAGCGCCUGUUGAACCCAUUUGAAUCAAAAACUACACGAAGCAGAGGAAAGUUUGAACGAGCGUGGUUCUGGAUGUUUUACUCAAGCUCGAUUCUGUUUUUAACCCUAAAAGUGAGAUGCAGACUGCCGCAGGAGUGGGCUCUCUUCAGCUUCGUCCCCUGUUUGGCGGAGCUCUGUCAGCGGUCAUCCCCUACAACAUCACGGAUGUCAGCGAGGUGAGGGAGAUCCCUGACAACCAGGAGGUGUUUGCCCACCCUCACACCGACCAGAGCUUGAUUGUAGAGCUGCUGGAGUAUCAGGCCCAGGUGGCCGACCAGGAUGCAGCCAGGUACCACUUCGAGGACAUAGCGGGCAGCAAUGAAGCUCAGGAGCCAGGGGCCUUUCAAGUGGGUAAUGUUGUCGCCCUACCUAAAGGCGAGGUGUCACUAUCGGAGUGCAGCAGCGCCUGGAUGCUGAACGGGACCCAAUGUGUGUCCAAGUUCAACGAAGAUGCCAGGAACACGGUGGCCAUUCAUUUGGGUCUCUUCCGUUUGCCGCAGUUCUCCACAGAUAUCCUGAUAACGCUGAACGACCCGCAGAGCAUCAGCCCUGACAGCAGCAGCGCCUCUGCUGCGGAGACGCACAGAGAUCCGUGGACCGUGGAGGACUUCCAGAGCACAUUAAAGUCUCUGACUUUGCACAAUCCUGGCCUGUUUGGGUAGAACUUUCACUUCUUAGACAAUGAGACUGAGAGUAUUUAUUAUCGUUUUCUGUCACACAUCCAUCAUAGACGAGGGAUGUUUUUAAGAGCAAAUGGUAUAGUUUAAAUAUGUUCUCUUAACGCGGUCAUAGUUUUGUCAGAAAUCUUGAAGACUUUUACAUCCAACUCAGACCUGUGAAUGGUUUCUUAUUCAGUCUUAAAAAAAAUAGAUCUAGAGAAUGUGUUAUUUUAUACAUCUGAAUAAAGGUGAGAGAAGUUCAUAAUUAAUCAAAGAAAACAUGUACAAAAGCAUAAAGUCCUGUGGUACUUUGGUUUGCAAAAAUAUUCUUUGACCAUCAAUUUGUUGAAAUUUUGUAACAACCACAAACUUCAAUGCAUGUUCUGUUUUCUUCUGGGACAGACCACCACAACAUAGUGCAUAAUUAAGUGAAAGGGAAAUUGUGUUCAAAAUGUUUUGCCAAUAAAAAUGUGAAAAGUG